GCGCAUGCGCUCGAGUUCCGUGCUCUUGGAAAUGUAAGCUGUUUAUUCUAAAUGUAGUAAAUAAUAUUAUCUUAUUUACUUAAACUUCGAAAAAGAACACCCAGACGAAGGUGCUACUUGAGAACAUAGAAUUUUCAAAAUGAUUUUUAUGAGUAGGGAAUUUUAACAAGUAGUUGAUCUCCAGUGAAGAAACUCUGGAGUGGAAUGUGUCACUUAUUAUGGACAGAGUUAACAUCUCCAUGUACAAAAAAUGGGAAAAAAAGGUUGUGGACGGAUGGACGUUUUUCUCGUAGUGCUAUUGUCUCAACUGCAGUUACUGUAGGAUUUCUCCUGAUAAUGAACCUCAGCCCUCCGUUAUAAGCAGUGGGAUAUGACUUAUUGGCAUGAAUUUAGGUCAUGUCAGAUGUCACUGAAUCAAAAGAUCCAGCAUCAUCUCUGUUAUCAUCCUCAAAAUCCUGACUGAACUGCAGCUGCUGUAGGAAUUUUCUUGAAAAAUGAACAUUUGCACUCUAUAAUAAAAACUGGGAUAUGACUUACGGACAUGAAUUCAGAUAGUACAAGGCGACCAGCAGCAAAGUACACUAAAGUUGGAGAGCGCCUACGUCAUGUUAUCCCAGGUCACAUGCAGUGUUCCAUGACAUGUGGAGGUCGUGCUUGUAAAUAUGAAAAUCCGUCUAGGUGGAAUGACCAGGAACAGGCUAUCAAGGGUCUUUAUUCAUCAUGGAUUACAGAAAAUAUACUGGCAAUGUCUCGACCCUCAACUGAGGUAAUUGAGAAGUAUAACAUCAUCAAAGAAUUUCAAAGCCAUGGCAUAAGGACAAUAAUUAAUCUGCAGCGUCCUGGAGAGCAUGCUAGCUGUGGGAGUCCUCUGGAACAAGAAAGUGGUUUCACUUACUUACCUGAAGUUUUCAUGGAGGUCGGAAUUUACUUUUAUAAUUUUGGUUGGAAAGACUAUGGGGUAGCUUCUCUCACUACGAUUCUUGACAUGGUUAAAGUCAUGGCUUUUGCUCUUCAAGAAGGGAAGAUCGCCAUCCAUUGUCAUGCAGGACUUGGCCGAACAGGUGUUCUAAUAGCCUGUUACUUCGUCUUUGCAACAAGAAUGAGUGCGGAUCAAGCAAUCAUGUUUGUUCGAUCAAAAAGGCCUGGAGCUGUUCAGACCAGGGGACAGCUGUUGUGUAUUAGAGAGUUUGCUCAGUUUUUAGUUCCACUACGAAAUGUGUUUGCCAUUUGUGAACCCAAAGCUCAUGCUGUUACUUUAUCUCAGUACUUAAUUCGCCAGAGACAUUUACUGCAUGGCUAUGAAGCUCGUCAACUUAAGCAUAUACCAAAGCUCAUCUAUUUGGUUUGCAAAUUGCUGUUGGACAUUACUGAAGAUAGAAAAGUGGUAGAAGAGAAAGACCUUGAAAAUCCAGUGCUCUGUGUUGAAAUUGAAAAAAAUGUAUUUCAGUUAGGUAUUAUGAAGGUGGAUAGCGAACUAGAAAUUAAAGAUGAUGUUGGUGAAACAUUGACUGAAACAGUGACCAUAGAAUCUUUUAUUCCCAAUGACUGUAAACUGGUUAGUGAAGAGGAAUUUGACCCUCUUUGGAAAAGGCGCAAUGCUGAAUGCCUUAAACCUCUAACACACUUAACCAAAAGACUAAGUUAUAGUGACUCAGACCUUAGAAAAGCAGAGUGCCUUGUAGAUCACGGAAGAACUCCUCUAACAGGUCCUGCACAUGUCCCAUGUUCCAGUGACCUUAAGCAACAUAGUUUAUCACAAACUACUGUGAAACCAUCUUCUUUCCUUACAGAGGUUGUUGACUACUCUUUGCCAUCUCAUAGCAAACAAGAUAAUACUACAAUAAAUACACCACCCAGUGUUUGGAAUUUCUCAGCAUGCACCAGCAUAGAGGAGCAAAACGACGGAUUUCCUCUCUUCUAUAGAAGAAAGCUCCCAGAACAAAACAUUUCCAGAAGAAGCUUCCCAUCAGUAACAUCACCUACAGAUAGAUGGGAGGAAAGGGACUAUAAUAUUACUGAAAAAAGUUUACAGAUACAAAGAAAAAACAUAGAUACUGAGGAAUGUGGAAGCUGCACAGAAGCAAGUAAGCAUGCAUCUACAGUUCAGGGCAUAAAUAACAUUUCUUUGCAGGGAAGUAAGCCAAUACCACCUUUAAUUAUAGUGCCAGAAGAAUGUAAGGAGUCCAGCAUAAGAGAAGAGGACAAUAGAGAAAGUAAAACUACAUUUGAAGACAUUUCAUCAGUUACUUUACAGUCUGAACUGAAUCUUGAAUCAAGAAGGUUAUUAGCAGCUAAAGCCCUUACAACUUCUGUACAGUUUGCUGAACAAGAUGUUAAAGAUAAAGUCUUAAACUGGCAGAAAGAAUUAAAUUCCAGAGAGUCAGCCUGGGAGAGACUUUGUACUGAGAAAGAUCCAUUAAUUCUUUCCUGUUUGAUGUGGUCAUGGUUAGAGCAGUUAAAAGUACCUCUUAUAACAACAGUUGAUAUUGAAAUCUUGUCUGAGAACAUCAGUGACCCUCAAAGAGCUCUUCAGUUAUUAGAAAAGAGUCAACAUCAAACAAUACUUUGCAUUUUAAACUGCCUAGCCAGUUUGCAGGAGAUACCAGCUGAUGUGGAAGAUGCAUUUUUCACAAAUGCUAUACAUUGUUUCACCAUGAGGAGCUACAAUUCUGAAAAUGGUCCAGUGGUGUACAACAAUGUAAAAUCAGUACUGAGGCCCAUCUUAGAAGAAAAGAGAAGACAAAUAAUGACUAAAAGAAAAGAGAAAACAAUUAAAGACUAUAACUGAAAGUGUGUCUGUUUACAGAGUACCUUAAGCUAAACCCCUGAAAUGACAUUUUCUUUCUGUGUUUACUUGCCACUACAAACCUGACUUGCUAAGUUGUAAUAAAAUAUUAGACAAACUGUGAUAAAAGUGCAUUCGUGGAUCAUAGUCAUAUUUAUGAGGAUGGUGGAAUAGAUAGCUGCUGCCAUUUGAGUUUUGCCAUAGAAUGUUUACAGUACAAUGUGUGUGUGUACAUCGACAAUGAUUUGUUUAAUCAGCAACUGUGUAUUUAUUGAGUCUGAAGUAUGUGUUUACCUGUUAAAUGUACAACUUGUUUUAAAAUGUUAAUAUGUACUUACUGAGUCUGAAGUACGUGUACCUGUUAAAUGUAGCCCUUGUUUAAAAACAUUAAUAUUUGUGUUUGAAAUUAAUACUAUAAAAGUGCCAUAUUAUAA